CCAGAAAUCUAUUUUUCAAAAAACAAAAGCGCCGCUUACAACAAGCAGAUCAGUGUUGUGCCCAACAUGGUAUCACCUUGAUCGCUGCGUUACCUCUCACAGGAUGGACCUCACGCUAGCACUCUGUCUUUACUGCGCCUUCACCGACUUUUGCAUCUAAGUGUAGUGGCGACACCAACUUAUAUCUUCCCCUGCGACCAGCCUCCCCCGCAAUUUUCAAGUUGACGUUGACGGUUUUGUAUUGCGAGUGCGACUGCGACAAAUGACAUCUUACGUCUGUAAUAGUCCAUAUCAGUCUUCAGUAUGGGUAAACAGCCUGCGGUUAUAAUCAUAACUCGGCAUGGCGCUCGUCUCGAUCAAGCCGACCGAAAAUGGGCAGAAAAUGCCGACAACCCCUACGACAGCCCGUUGUCCUAUGGUGGAUGGAUUCAGUCUCAAAAUCUGGGUGUAAGGAUCAAUAACGAGUUGCAUAACCUGGAUGUGCAGUCGAGGCCGGGAGAAGAAAACAAGGACGAUGCCAACCAAGACGCACCACCUCGCAAGAAACGCAAGAUAAUCAUACAUAGCUCGCCGUACCUACGAUGCGUCCAAACCGCUGUGGCCAUAAGUGCAGGCAUUCAGCAUCCUCAAAACCACAGCCGCUCUCGUCCGCAACCGCGCCAGCGUUCGUCUCGAGCAAGUCUUCGUCUAUCCCCGACCGAGGAAGCGCCUGACGUCCUCUCGCAGGCCAGGGACAGCGACAGAGCCUCUCUCCAGCGUAAUCAUAGCCACGAGCGACCCCAGACCAAUCGACUUGGAUAUAAUACUUGCCUGUUGCGAAUUGAUGCGUUUCUGGGGGAAUGGCAGUCUCCGACUUACUUCCAUUCCCUCCCUCCACCACCCUCGGCAGUGAUGGUGUCAGAAGCCAAGAUGAGUCUACAACUACCUCAAGAAGAGAUCAAAGGAGCCGAUCUGUCGGGGGCAAUGAGCUAUGAGCUGCCUUCGAUGGACGGGGACGAAAAGGAGAAUGAACUUGCCUCGGUGCCUGCCCAUGAGAAGACAGGCUUGAGGGCUAUGGCUGCGGCCGGUCACUCUUUCCCCAAGAGACCACGCAACAUCUCUUUCGGAACUGAGCUCGCAAAUGGUGCCAGACUGCUGAACCGACAUCUUCAAAGACAUCCAGUCGGCUACAGUCCGCCAAUCCCGACAUAUGCCAUGGGUCCGUCUGACAAAAUACCUCCCGGAUACGUUGCCCAUGCCCGUGACGUCUGUCUCGAGGUUGACAUGGGAUGGGAUAGUGAGACUUCCGGCCUAGACUGGGGCGAUGGUGGCCCCUUCGACGAAGAGUGGGGUAAUAUGCAUCGCAGAUUCCGUAACGGUCUGCAGAAAUUGCUUGAAUUCUAUGAACGUCAAGGUGAAUUAGCGACACAGAAAGGUGUUGAGGAUGAAGAAGAAGAUUUGGUCAUCAUCAUGGUUACCCAUCAGGCUGGCUGUAAUGCACUCAUACGGAUUCUCACAGGAGCACCAGCCUUGCAUGACGUGGCUACGUCUUCGUUGACCUUGGCGGUCAGAUCAGAAAAUCCUCCGGAGGAGCAGUCUCCCAUAACUCCAACACGUCGGAGGGGAUCUUUGGACCUCAGCAUCUGCGAUGAAUUCGACGUGAAGAUUAUUGCUUCCACAGAGCACCUUCGAGCUGGCUCGAACCCACUCGGCUUGAACUCUCCACGCCUCGGCAAAAAUCCAGCUUUUGCAAACCCUCGGACCGUGGGUGCAGAUUCCCCCGAAGGUUUCAGUUUAGGAGCGUCGCUGGGUCAUCGCAAGUCCAACAGUUCGCUGAUGUCCAGAAGUCAGAGCCUUCAAAGACCGUAUCCAGCGGAUGCAGCGAGCGGUACUGAGCCUCCAGAUGGCCUGUGGAGACGUGGAAGUCGUUAUUCGAGGGACGAGACGGCUGAUUCGAGCGAUGCUGGCAUUAUUACCCCUACCACAGAAAGUGAUAAUGUUGCGGACAGUGUUCCUGAAGCAACUUGGCAGGCAGACAAGGUUCCUGUUCGGAGCGCUAGCCAGCGCGGACUCUGGGGCGGUGAAUCCAUCAAAAGAGAGAGAAGUCCUGGGAAAAGGAGGUGGACUGCUGUCGAGAGAUCCCCUUGAUGUAGGUGGAGAAAGACAGGGCCUCAUGAGAACUGGGUGACUAAGAUCCAGUCUUUGUGACUGCUGUCGUUGUUCUAUUUAGCGAUGCAUCUCAACGAAUCUCUCAUCUCACAUCCUCGGGAGGAGUAAAGCGUACCAAUGGUAUUGGCCUUUUUCGUACCUGAUGACUCGCGUGGCGGACAUCUGCCCUUAGCAUACGGAGUCGUAGGCGGCAUUGUCCGAAUCGUGUGGGAGUCUAUGCCACUCUCCUCUGCAACAAUGUGCUUGGAUGUUGUGACAUUUCUCACAUCAACAGUACCAACUCACAUAUUGACCUCGAGAAACUUUCUUGAUCGAUGCCCAGGAAAGGUGGCAUGACACUUGCCGUUACGUCAACGUCUGGACCUUCGAGCGUGCAUGAUGUCUCGCGCCGUAGAGAUAACUUAACUGGGUUUGAGAUCGCCUAUCUGUGAACUGUGACCCACAUAUAUUAUUCGAUAGCUUGUU